AUUCGUCCGCGACGUCACACUCGUAGCAUGUUAUGCUAACCGACUGGGCAAAACGAGUAACGUUAGAGGAUUUAUUUUCGUUAAAGGUGUGCAUCUUACAUCAUAUAUUUGACCGUUAAAGUGGAUUAGUUAUUUAAGAGUUGUGGUUUGGGAAGGAGGUAAAAUGUCUUUAUAUGAUGAUCUGGGGGUCGCAACAAACGACACUAAAACAGAAGGCUGGUCUAAAAACUUCAAACUGCUUCAGUCUCAGCUGAAAGUGAAGAAAGCUGCACUGACACAAGCAAAGACUCAGAGGACGAGACAGUCCAAUGUUCUGGCUCCGGUUGUUGAUCUGAAGAGAGGAAGCGCUGGAGAUGACCGGCAGAUCUCUGAUACACCUCCACACAUUGCUGCAGGAAUGAAGGACUCGACAUCAGUUGGGUUUUCAUCCGGAGAGGUGCUGAUUCCAUUGGCUGACGAGUAUGACCCCAUGUUUCCCAACGACUAUGAGAAAGUGGUGAAGAGACACCGAGAAGAGCGACAGAGACAGAGAGAACAGGAGCGACAGAAAGAGAUUGAGGAGAGAGAGAAGAAACGUAAAGAGAGGCACGAAGGAGGUGGAGCACCGAGCGGAUUUUCACGUUUCCCAACAGAAGGCGAAUCAGAUGAGGAGGAGGAGUAUGAGAGAGAAAAGAGGAAGAGGAAUAUGGGUGGAGCUGCCAUCGCCCCUCCGACAUCACUAAUGGAGCGAGACUCAUCAUUUUCAUAUGAUGAAGAUGGUCGGCAGAGGUCGAAAGCAGCUAUCCCACCUCCCGUUUUCGAUGAGUCUGAUAGACCACGAUCUCCACCGGGACCAACAAAUACAUUCCUGGCCAACAUGGGUGGUACUGUGGCUCAUAAAAUCAUGCAGAAGUAUGGAUUCCGAGAAGGGCAGGGCCUGGGAAAACACGAGCAGGGGUUGAGCACGGCGCUCUCGGUGGAGAAAACCAGCAAGCGCGGGGGCAAGAUUAUUAUUGGAGACUCAGCGGAAAAGACGUCAGGAUCCAGUCAGAAUGUGGCUGAUCCACAAGCCUCUAAUUCAGCGGAUGCCUCAAAGAAGAACGAGGCCAACCCUCUCACAGAGAUUCUCAAAUGUCCCACAAAAGUGGUGCUGCUGCGGAACAUGGUUGGAAGGGGAGAAGUGGACGAAGACCUGGAAGCUGAGACUAAAGAAGAGUGUGAGAAAUAUGGCAAAGUCAUCAAGUGUGUCAUCUUUGAGAUCGCUGGUGUUUGUGACGAAGAGGCCGUCCGCAUUUUCCUGGAGUUCGAGCGAGUCGAAUCGGCCAUUAAAGCUGUGGUGGAUCUGAAUGGGCGGUACUUUGGAGGUCGCGUGGUCAAGGCCUGUUUUUAUAACUUGGAUCGGUUCCGUGUUUUAGACCUGGGAGAUCAGGUGUGAGUGGGACAUCCAGAGCUGCAACGCCAGGAGAGAAUCAACACCAGGAGGAAGUCUUCUGUCGUCUUGUAAAUAGCAUGAGUAGUUUUAUACACACUUGUAAAAUAUUAGCUUGUGCCCCUUUCCACAAUACGUUUUUGACAUCUCAGUCUAACGUGCAGAGAGUUAAGUAAGCCAUGUCCAUGAGUUUGCAGUUGGACUAUGUGUUUGGCUCAACUAGGGCUGUUAGUAUUGAAAACUCAUCUUCUCCAGAAGCUACUACAUGGUUUUGAAGAAAGAAACUGUUACAAGCUCAUGUUGAAUGGGGUGAUGAUGAUGAUGAUGAUGAUGGUAUUGAAUGAGUCCUGGUUCAUGAUUUAUAUAAUCAGACAUACAAGUCCCUGUGCGAGCCUAAAAAGUAGUACACCUACAUUCUUCUGUCGUGACAUAACGGCGACUCCCAUGAGCCCUCACUCUCUGAUCCACACACUAUUGAUAGAUUUAAAGAAUGAUACUUUUCAGUAAUGUGUGUCUUGACCUGAGCAGAAACUGGGUUUGGUGUGUUACUCAAUAAAAGGUGAUUUCGUAACAUGUA